UUGCGCUACGGUCGAGCCGGAGGAUGAGCACGGGCAGCGGCUGCACGGUGGCUCCCCUCCCUGGCAAAAGCGGUCGGGGGGAAAGCUGAACGGGGCCUGCUCAGUAUGCAGGCGAAGCUCUACCUUAUCGGCGCCUAAACGCGGGACCCACGGAGCGCAAAGAUGACUGAGGGCAGACUGUGCCAAGUGCAGCUGCUGGAUGACAGGAAGCUAGAGCUGCUGGUUCAGCCUAAGCUGCUGUCGUACGAACUCCUCGACUUGGUGUCCUCCCACUUCAACCUCAAAGAGAAGGAAUUUUUUGGACUCGCCUUUUUUGAUGACAACGGUCAGCGUAAGUGGUUGCAGAUGGACCGCAGAGUUCUCGAACAUGACUUUUCGAAGAAGCCGGGCCCCAUUGCCCUCAACUUCCUGGUCAGGUUUUAUGUAGAAAACAUAACGCAGCUUAAGGACAUCAUAACGGUGGAGUUAUUCUUCCUGAAUGCAAAAUCUGCUGUCUACAAUGGAAUUAUUGAAGUGGAGAGUGAAAACGUCUUCAAAUUAGCUGCAAAUGCUUUGCAGGAGGCUAAGGGAGACUACUCAAGUGAUGAAAACACUAGAGCUGACUUGAAGAAACUGCCAACUCUUCCCACCAAAGUACUCAAGGAACACCCAUCACUUGCAUACUGUGAGGAUCGAGUAAUUGAAUAUUAUAAACAGCUGAAAGGGGUCUCUCGAGGACAAGCUAUUGUGCAGUAUUUGACAUUAGUGGAAUCGUUGCCCACGUAUGGCGUGCACUAUUAUGAAGUAAAGGAUAAACAAGGGAUCCCAUGGUGGCUUGGAAUCAGCUACAAGGGCAUUGGCCAGUAUGACCUGCAGGAUAAGUUAAAACCUCGAAAGCUGUACCAGUGGAAGCAGCUGGAAAACUUGUACUUCCGAGAGAAAAAAUUUGCCGUAGAAGUUAAUGAUCCACACAGGAGAGCAGUAACCAAGCGCACUUUUGGGCAGACGGGCCUACUCAUCCACACGUGGUAUGCCAGCCAUUCUCUGAUCAAAACCAUUUGGGUUAUGGCUAUUAGCCAGCACCAGUUCUACUUAGACCGAAAGCAAAGCAAAGCUAAAUUAGGAACAGCAAGGAGUUUGGAGGAAAUUGCCAUGGAUCUGACAGUGCACGGAGGAGCAAAAGUAAACAGACUGGGAGACACAGGCCUGAAGAAUAACUUUAUAACAGCCAGCAAUGGGAGCUUGGUAUCUACAGGUUCAGCAGACUCUGAAAUGAGUGAGGAACAGAAGAAAGAGAAACUCUCUGAGCUGAGAAAAAAAGAGCAGGCAAUCCAAGAUAUUUUGGCCAAGAAGACAAAAGAACUGAAAAAAAUUUGCCUGAGAGAGGCGGAGCUUACUGGUAAGCUGCCGAAAGAGUAUCCCCUCUCUUCAGGUGAAAGACCGCCACAGGUCAGACGGCGAGUUGGCACUGCUUUCAAGUUAGAUGACCUAUUCCCGUACAAUGAGGAUCCUUUCCUGAGGAACCUGGAGAGCAGAUUUGCCCUGCAGCAAAAGAUUGUGGAGGCGGCUAAGAAACUCGCAAAUGAGCCAGAAUUGUGCAAAACCGUCAAGAAGAAGAGGAGAAGAAACUGUCUGGAUGCCAUGCAUAAGCUCCAGCAGAUAGAGGAUGAGAUGAACCAGUACAGAAUCAAGAAGGGAAAAAAGCCCACACAGCGGGCCUCAGUAAUCAUUGCAGAUGAACUCAUCCGCUCAGACUGUAGCUCCCUGUCUAGUCUCCCACUGGAUGAUGAUGACUCUGACGGCACCAGCCAGAGGCCACGGUCACGGUCGGUCCAAGGUUCCCCGCAGCUCAGUCCGAUGCGAUCGCUUGGGGCAGAAUAUGACUUGGAGAGACAGGAAUCUCCGAGAGAAAAUCACAAUAACAAAAACCACAGCAGAUUAGCUUUUGAGGGCCAGGAGGCUUCCCACUACUACCAGAAUCCAAGAGAGGUCUCCUCCACCCAAAGCAGUCCCUAUAAAACCCUUCCCAGACCUCCUAGAGAUCCACGCAGCAUGCCUCCCACCCCGGUUAUGACCCGCAAUGCCUACAGCAGCAGCCAGCUCAGGUCGGAGGGGUCUCCUCAAUGCUUCAGGCAUCGCAGCGGAAGUCUGGAGUCACAACCUCGACUAAGAAAAGACACAGACUCAGAGAAGCCAGUGUUUAUGUUGUCACAAGCCCACCGCAGCAACAGCACAGAGGUGUUAGAGGACUGCUCCUCCUACACAAGUCAGUCCAGUCUGGACUACUGCGGGGCUGCCAACUCCCACUACAGUACACUGGACUCCCGGACCUCAACCAUGCAUCGCCUCCACAGGAAGGUAGAAGUGUAUGGAAAUACCGGGAGCAUGCCCAACUUGGUCCAGCACCAUUCUGGUUGUAGUUAUUCAUGUGAGACCUCAGCACACUAUGCACCUAGUGCUUACUACGUCACCGACUACCCCUGCUCGGACAUGGAGCCUUACGCUAACGGUGCCUUCGUGUAUGAGAAUGAAGUUGAAGGCCACUAUAACGUCAACCCUUCCUACCAAAUGAAUGGCUAUCAUGGGCAUGACAGAUUCAGGCAUUAUAGCAGCGACCGGGCAGAUGGUCUUUCCCAGAAUCCCUAUGCGACAGUAAGGCCGCCGCGGAACAGAGAGGGGCCAAGAAAUGAGCUCUUGGCCAAGAACAUGCAGAAGGCCCUGGUGGCGGAGCAUCUGAGAGGCUGGUACCACCGGAGCAGGGGCCACAGGGAGGGAGGGAGGGGGAUGCUGGCUGGAUAUGACUUCGACAGUGGCUCUCAGCUGAGCCUGGGCUACCAGACCAUGCCAGCGGCCUUCAGCCACUCCAGCAGAACCACCUCCUUCUCCUCAGUCUCCUCAGUGGAGAGCGCAGGCAACUGGCGCAACCAGCUGGCAGUUGGUCUGACAGAGUAUGAUACACCCGUCACACCUCAGUACCCUCACCCUGGAGCUCCGUACAACCGCAGUCCCACACACAGCAGAUUUUCUCCAGAAAACAAAGUGUCUGACACAAUGCCUAAAAAUUCUGAGUCAGUUGAGGUGAUUGGCGCUGAGGCCUCUAGUACAGAUGAACCGUCAGACAACCGUUCUAGCACCUAAGGGUGAGACCAAACACAACGGGCUGCUUUGUGUUGUGUUACCAGUCAUCUCCAUUUUGACAUUCCAUCCUCAUUUGUGUGUUACUUCUUUAUAGAUUAUUUAAUUAAAUCAUCCACAUUUUCAUGCCAUGCUAGCGGCGCUCUGAGGCUGGACUUAAGCACAGCAGUGCUUUGAUGCUAACAUCAGCAUGCUAACCUGUUCACCAUCUUAGUUUAGUGUGUUAGCAUGCUAGGAUUUUCUUUGGGAAUGUUACUAGUUCUGCAGGUAAACAAAGAAUUUGACAAUUUUAAAUUUUAACUUGAUGAGGGCAAAAAUCAGAGUAUGACCAAAUUUAUUACAAUUCAACCCGAGGGAAACAAUGCCCGUGCAAAAUUUUAAUGGUAAUCCAUCCGGUGCUUGUCGAGACAGUUCACUAAAAGAUGAGAAUUUCACUCUCAUGGAGGUAGUGGACCAACUGCCAAGCUGACAUUGCCAUCCCUAAAGCUAUGCCGCUAGUGUGGCCAAAAAGUAGGAAGUUCCCAUUUAGUCCAUGAAGCUCAAAUCAUACUGUACACCCGCACAAAGUAAUGUGGACUUUUUGGUUUAUAGCACUUCUGUUUCCAUUCCUCAGUUUUAUCACAAGGUUCAGUCAUGUGAUCCUUCUUCUCAAACAGCCGAACUACAGUAGAUUUGACAUAUUCCUCCGUCACUUCCUGUACAGAUUUCACCUGGACGGAAGCUACAUGACCAUCCACUGAAGAGAACCAAACCAAACUUUGGCACAAACAAAGCCAUGGCCAGCAGCCCAUGAAGGCGAUGAAGUUAAAACACAGGCUGUACACAAACCUUUUGGCUGCCAUAACUCCAUCUUGGGAGAUGUUCUAUCCGUGGCAGAGUCUAGGUGUACGCUGUCCUCAUGUUUAAAUAACCUCUGAACACAGUGAUGACACUCUUGAAUGACUUUCCCAUGUGCCUUGGAUUGGAUGAAUUGUACAGGCAGAUGAGAAUGUGUCAAGAAACUUUAAGAUGUUGCACAACCGCAUUGGAUUCAAACCAUAUUGUGUAUUAAAGAUGAAAAAAGAGGCAACAUGUGUUUUUACCGAACCCAACUCCAUGUAUUUUAACAGGAAGUAUCUACUGCCUUAUACAAAACAGUAGGUUAUAGAAUAAAAUGAUUUUCACCACUUUCAUCUUAGUAAAAUAUGAUAAAAAAUAUUCAUAAAUAUAAAAUUGAAAACAAAGCUUGAAAUGUUCAGAAAUGUGACAUGACAAGAACUGAUUUGAUCAUCAUUAGAGCAGACUGUGUAUUUGAUGAAUUUCCAUUUCUUACUUUCUUUAAACUUUGAAUCAGAAUGUAUUAUGUUAAUAUUGUUUAUAGAACCAUUUGUCUUUGUUGGUGCCGUAUUGUGUUUUAAAAUGCAUGGUGAGAACAUUGAUCUUUUGAUAAGAACUUCUUUUUAUAUUAACAGAUGACCACUGCCGUGAGAAUCAUAUUCAUGUCUCAUUAUUUGUUUUCUCACAUAUUUGUACAGUCAUUGUGUAGUUAUAUGUUGUUAGAUGUUGUCAUAAAAUAUUUUCCACUGGGAACAAGGAUGUGAA